AUGCUGCAGGUCGACGCCGAUGUGCUGGCAGACCCAGCACUGCAGCUAUGGGUAGCUCUUAGUGACGACGCAUGCCGCGCGGCGCUCCACCAACCCGAGGCCGUCCUUGCAGGACUGAAGGCCCUGAAGGCCCUUGGCGUGUGGGGCGUGACCCUCAACAUCUACUGGGGCGCUGCAGAGCCCGUGCCCCGCGUGUACAGCUGGGGCGCGAUCCGCCCUGCGCUCGCGCUUGCGCGCAAGGCGGGGCUGAGGCUGCAGCCAAACUUCUGCUUCCACGCGGGGCCGCGGCAGCCGCUGCCGCGGUGGGUGCUGCGGGAGGGGGAGGAGUGCCCUGACAUCUUCUUCACCGACCGCGCGGGCGAGCGCUGCCGGGAGUGCCUCACCCUGGGCGUGGACGACGUCCCCGUCCUGGCAGGCCGCACCGCGGUGCAGUGCUACGGCGACCUGGUCGCGUCGUUUGCCGCGGAGCAUGCCCCACUGCUGGGCAGCGCGAUCACGGACGCCCGCGUCGGCCUGGGCCCCGGCGGCGAGCUCAAGUACCCCUCCCACCCCGCCGGCCGCUGGGCGUUCCCGGGCGUCGGGGAGUUCCAGUGCUAUGACUCGUUCAUGCUGUCCUCGCUGGCGGCAGCCGCGCAGCAGGCCGGGCAGCCGCACUGGGGCACCGGCGGCCCGCACGACGCGGGCGGCUACACGCGCUGGCCGCACCAGACGGGCUUCUUCCACCACGAGGGCGGCAGCUUUGGCAGUGAGUACGGCAGGUUUUUCACGGAGUGGUACGGCGGCCUCCUCGCGCGCCACGCAGACCGCGUGCUCGGCGCGGCCGCAGGCGCGCUCGCCGGCCGCGGCGUGCGCCUGCACGCGGCGCUGCCGGUGGUGCACUGGUGGUGCCACUCGGCAGCGCGCGCGGCGGAGAUGACGGCAGGGUACGCGGGCCGCGCGGACAGGGACGCCUACCUCCCCGCGAUGGCCGCGCUCGCGCGCCAUGGCGCCUCCGUGCACCUCGGCUGCGGCGAGGUCGCGGACUGCACCCAGCCCGCCUACGCGCUCGCGUCGCCAGAGACGCUGCUGCUGCAGCUGCGCGGCGCGGCGGCCGCGCUCGGCGUGCCGGUUGCGCUCGGCAGCGCGGGUGUGAGCUUCGACGCGGCAGCGCUCGGGGAGCUGGAGCGGCGGGCGUUUGGGGCCGGCUGCUACAACGGCGUCGACGUGGGGCCCGUCUCGCGGGUGGUGAUGGCCGAAAUGGGGGACGCCAUGUUUGAGGCCGCCGCUUGGACCGAGUUCCGCGGCUGGGCCGCGCGCGUGCGGCAGCGCGCAGCGGCGCUCAGCGGCGCGGCGGCGCUGCAGCAGCAGCACGAGCAGCAGCAGCUUUGGGAGUCCGCGGCGGCAGCCGCUGCGGCCGCGGCCGCGGCAGCAGCUGUGCCAGGGUAUGAGGAGGAGCAGCAGCAACAGCAGCAGCAAGUCCAACAGCAGCAGCAGCAGCAGCAGCAGCAGCAGCCAGGAGGCACCUGGCAAGUCGCAGUCCUGGCGUGA